UGUUUCAAACCGCAUGUUAAUUGCUUCAUUAUUAAAAAAGUUAUGCCGAUUUAAAAUUGGUCCGGUUUACAUCAAACGAAGUGUCAAAAUCGGCCUUUUUUAUGUUAAUCCCUAUUUUUACGAGAUAUUAUUGCAUAACUUGACAAUAUCGCAUCAAAUGGGGUCAUAAUAUGCGGUCUCACGCUCUAACACACUUUUAUGACCCAAUCAUAUCUGACCAAUUAAAAAUUUGUUCAUAACUAGCAUUUUAAACAAGAAAUUUCCCCAUAACCUAAUGUGAUUUAUUGUUCGUCUGGUAUCUGUCGCAGUAGUCACGUGACUAUCGGAAAAAUUUGAGGCACUCAGUGGGGAAAUGGAGCGUAUAGAGCGAUCAUUGACUACCGCUGUUCAAAGUGCGGGAUUUGAUUCAACAUUCUUCAAAUAUGCUCUGCAGAUGACCGUUGACAUUCAGAAAAGCGAUGGAAAAACAGGAAGUCAAAUCAGAUACGCAGUUUACCGCCACUGGGCGAGAGAGUUGAAGAGAAUGGAUGUUGGCAUGGAUACGAUGGGAAACCCGCAGUAUGAGUUUCCGAAAGAGGCCACCGAGUAUUUACGAAAGCUAACUGGCGGCCCAGCCAAAAGAGAGAAACGACAGGUGAAGGUAGUAGUUCCAAUGGAAGUAUUGUGCCGUGCCCUUGCCGUUCCUCCAAGGACCUAGAUCGACCUGGCAGAAAGCCGUAUUUUCGGCAUGCAUUAUGAAAUGUACAUUUCAAAUUGUGUUUUUUGUAUUUGUUUGGAAAUAAAAUUAUUUAUAAUAUG